AUGUUUUGCGCAGGAGUACCAGAAACGACCCUUUUGGAGAUAAAAAACCGGUUCACUUUGGAUCCUACCUCCUUACCUAUUCGCUACUUGGGUCUCCCGCUCUAUUCAAGGAAACUUUCUGUCUCGGAUUGUGAUCCACUAAUCUCUAAGAUCAGAACAAAGAUGAAUGGAUGGACGCAUAGACAUCUAAGUCUAGCUGGGCGUUUGAGGCUCAUAAGUUCUGUAAUUACAGGUCUAAUUGGGUUUUGGACACAAGCUUUCUUCCUGCCUAAAUCAGUCAUCAGGAAAAUAAACUCGCUUUGCAGCUCUUUUCUUUGGCACGGUAAAUUGGAUAUACCAAUCGGAGCUCGUGUAUCGUGGGAGGCUUUGAGCUUCCCAAAGUCAGAAGGUGGUUUGGGAAUCAAACUUGUAUCCUCCUGGAAUGAAACUUGUGGGUUAAAACUUUUGUGGAUGAUUUUCUUCAGGUCAGGAUCUAUCUGGGUGGCUUGGAUCCGUAACCGGUAUCUCUCACGGCACAGUUUCUGGUCCUUAAAUGACGAAAAUCCCACUUACUCUUGGAUGUUUCGAAAAAUCCUAAAGCUUCGCCAAAAAGCUCUUAGAUUCUUAUCGAUUCAAAUUGGAAAUGGUGAAGACUCUUUUUUUUGGUGGGAUCCUUGGACACCUUUUGGUCCCCUCAUCAAUUAUCUGGGAACUCAGGGCACCACAUCCCUAGGGAUUCCUAUUCAUGCUCUGAUCUCGGACUACAUCUCAGGAGAUGCUUGGAUUCUUCCUCCGGCACGCUCAGAUUUGCAACUAGAGGUUUUUUCCUUCAUCUCCUCAAUCACCCCAUCUCAAGCUAAUGACGUUCCGGUCUGGACAGUGGACAAGCAAGUUAAAACUUCGUUUGUCUCAAAAGAAAUCUGGGAAGAGAUAAGGCCAGUAAAGUCGGAGGUGCAGUGGCAUCGGUUGGUGUGGAAUAAAGUUGCUAUCCCAAAGCACUCUACAAUAACCUGGUAUUCAUGCUGGACAGAAACCCAACGCUAA